UGGCGUAUUCUAAUAGUUUUUCUAAUACAGUUCAUCAUAUGGUCGAGGAAAUACGAAAAAAUUCUACGUAUGUCUUUACCUUAAAGUUAAUGUUAUUGAGCGAUAUGCGUCACGUGAAAAUGCUUUUAAGCUCAUUAUUACGGUGUCACGCCUAGAAAUCACUAAAAUCCAAUGUGGCACAUUGGCCGCGCUGUAAUGAGCCUGCAUGUUAGCGUCUUCCCUAUAUCCUGGCUUCUGUCUAUUCACAAGAAGAAGGAAGUUAGACAAGUUAAAUAAACGACUCAUUGUACUUCUAACUGCACGUCGCGGGAAACGGAUCGUAUCCAGAGAAAAAAAAAUCAAGUGUGUAGCGCAUUGCGAAUUAAAAGGUGGACAAGAUCAGGCCGAAGGCUGAAUCAAUGAAAACCCCAAAAUGAUGGACAGCAAAUCGGCUCUCGGAGUUCCGCAGCUCAGCAAUGAGAUGCAGCUCAAGAUCAUGAACAAAGUGAAGAGCGGCGAGUUAAGCAUUGAGGACGCGCUGAAGCAGGCUGAGAACAUUUGGGGUUCACAGGAGAACUUCAGUGUGUACAAGUUCAACCGUUAUCGCUGGCAGAAACGCAUAUUGCAGAUUGACUUUAACACUAAGAUGGUGUGCAGCAUUGAGAAAGGCAUCGUGAAGCGGCAGAUACCAUUCUUCGAAGUGAAAAGCUGCGAUGAUGGUCCGGGAGCCAAGUUCUCUGUCUUGUUCCGUGGCCGACCCGAAUACGAGCUGGAGGCAACUUCGCUAGAGGACAAGUACAAGAUCAUGCAGCUAGUAAACAGGAUCAUACAAGGGAACAUAAAUGACAUUGGUGGACAGCUACAGACCCCAGAGAAACCUUCUCCACCCAGAAGCCUUCACCAGGGCCAGUUGUAUCUCCAAAGAGGUGGCUUGGCCUCAUUCAAAUGGGUGAAGUAUACGGCACAACUUCACGAGUCUCAGCUGACCCUGCAGCCCACGGGACAGCAAAUGGCCACCAGCAGCGACGGCUACACCUCCCCACCCCUGCCCAUCAUCAUCCACUUCUCGGACGGCAAUGUCAGAGUGGAGAAGCUGCGCAGUUGCGACACCUUUUCCGUUCUCACAAGGGUUAAUGAGUAUCUGUUCCGGGUUCCUGUAAUGGAUGAGAUGAAGGGCGCAGAUGCUGUGAUGAUCGAACGAGACAAGUGGGUGCAAGACAUCGCUAGGCAGUGUAUGGCCUGGAAACGCUGUUCCCAGUCUGAGAAUCAGACCAUUUAUGAGACCAUCGUGGAGGCGAUGUCUUCACCCUUCACCCUUCUGGUGGAGGAGGCCGAGUGCGUGGGCUCCUUCGACGAGGACACGCUGACUCUGCCACCGGCGCCGCCGAGUCCCAAGCCAUGUGCUUCCCCAAAGCCCCCAGUGCUUGUACCCGUUUUCCCCAUGCCACCACCACCUCCACCCACAGCCCCCGCUCCACCCCCCCUUCCUAGCAAAUCCAGCUCCAAGCCAAUAUCCAAGAGGACCAAAGCUUUUCACUGGGACCCGAUCAACCAGGAUAAACUCGGGAAAUCCCUUUGGACUCGCCGCGACCUGGGAAAUGUGCAGAUUGACACAUCCCGGCUCUACGGGCAAUUUGGCAUCCAGGAUUUUGUGUAUGCCGGAGGGCUGGAGUCCAACAGCAAUCUGCAGAUCAUGCUAAACCAGAAAGUAGCCCACAACUUCAAUAUUUUCCUCAAGAGCUUCCCAGUGAAACCAGGGGAGCUGAAGGAUAAGUUGUGCAUUGUUCAUGAGGAGGACGGUGGUCUCAGCGAUGAGCAAAUCGCCUCGCUUCGGAGGUACGUGCCGACUUCGGAUGACAUUGAGAUGUUUAAGUCCUACAAGGGGUCUCCCUCGGAGCUCCACAUGGUGGACCAGUACAUGCUGGAGAUGUGCAACAUUCCAUACCUCAGUGGUAUCCUAGACCUUCUGCUACUGCUACGGGAGCUUCCUGUAAGCAUGGAGGACCUGCAGCCGCUGGUCAGCCAGAAGAUAAGGAUGUGUUCACAGCUGUACAACUGCAGGUCAUUUGUGACUGUUCUGGAGUACCUUCUUGCCAUUGGCAAUUACCUUAACGAGAAUGCUGGAAAAGAGAAGGCCAAAGGAUUCCGCCUUUCCACGCUGACCAAGCUCUCGCAACUCCGUGGGAAAGACAGGAAGUUCACCUUGAUGCAUGCCCUCGUAGAGCAGAUCAGGUUACACGGUCCCCAGGUGGCAGUGUUUUUCCAGGAGCUGGCGGAAUUUGAAACUGUUCCAGGGGCAUCAAUUAAAGGACUUACUGCAGAGGUUGAUGUUCUGAAGAAUGAGCUGCAGAAGGUCAUUCAAUACAAAAAAACGUACAAGCGAAAAAACCAGGGAACUCAACAUCAAAAGUUCAUGAAAGAUCUGAAGACGGCGAUCGAAAGGAUCAGUUCUGACCUCUCUCAGAUGACGAAGAAGUGUGAAGAGAUGAAGAAACUCUACGCUGAUAUAUUGGUGAAGUUCGGGGAGCCGCUGGAGCAGGAUUCCCAGGAACUUUUCCGCUGGGUGGGCUCCUUCAUCGCAGAGUUCCGGAAGAUUUACACGGAGGCCGUGCAGUGACACUGUUGUCGCAUCCGGCUUCACGUGCAGUACUGGGAACCAGCACUGGCAAGAUGAACCGAAACUGAAAGUACAAAGAGGGUGAAUGUUCAGAAAGGGAGCCGCAGUGUGGCUCUCAAAGGAAAUAUUAAUUUGUGAAUUUGUAAUCUGCAGCAAUGGGAGUUUGGCAAAAUAAGCUACUGCUAAACACAAUGUGGAACAUACAGAAAAAAAAUAAGAAACUACUCUGUAUUUUUUAAAAAUCUGUAUUUUUAAAUGCUGAUUUAAUCCUGGUCCUGCUGGCAGAAGACUACACUGCGAGACGGGCUGCUUCCAGGCUCAAAGUUUGCAAAUGUGAAGUAGCAGACACUAGCAGUGACAAAACACCAACUUGGUAGAGUUCAGAAGCAACUUUGUAAUGCCAGAGACGACCGUUAACUUAUCCGACAGUUUCUCAUGAAUCGGAGGAUGACAUCAUGUGACCUUUAAAUGGAAUGGGAACCAUUAAGCGAAGGCGUGAAGUGCACUGCUAGGACAGUUCAUAUCAGGCUUCUAGAAGUCAGACUGUAGAUCCACAAAGCAAGGAAGGAGCCCUUAGUCAAUAUGAAGCAGAGAAGAGCUAGGCUGCAGUUUGCAAAAUAUAUGUGUGUGUGUGUGUGUGUAUAUAUAUAUAAAUAUAUAUUAUUCACAGAUGCACACCCGGGAAUUUGCUGCGGAGUUUUUUCCAGAGCUGUAUUUGUAUGCACUAAACUAUAUAUUUUUAUGUGUUUUACAUAAAUUGUGAACGACAGACUGACACGUCAUUUGAGAUGAAAAAUUCUUUUCAUUUUAAUACUUUUGAAUUUUUAUUUUAUUUAAUGUUACAAAAUUUUAGAUUUUUUUUUUUUCUUCAUGUUUAUUCGAUUAUAACACAAUCCUAACAAAAAUUUUUUCGGUAGAUAUGCUCAUGCUAUGUACAUAUGAGAAUGCAACUUGGUAAUGCAGAGUUUUAUGAAUAUUUGCAUGUCUGUGUAAAGGACUAGAAACUGCUCUGCGUUGCACUUGCUGUCUCAUAACAUUUCCACAACCUUAAUUAAAAAAAUUUAACUGAGAAGUAGUUAUUAAAAGUUAAUUAAAUAUUUAUCAUACUAA